GGCGGCAGCGGGGUCCGAUGUCGCGACGCCGUGUCACGCUGUUGUGACAACUUGUUUAUUCGUCACCUAGUCGAUAAGAUAAGGGGCGGAAACCCCCUCCCUACGCCAAGAAUCCCCGUGGAGAUUCUCGUGACAUCCGACGACAACUCGCACACGUCCUUCUUCUUCGCCGUGUAGCGACCAUGCUCUGGAUAUAAAGAAAGGACUUUCGUCGUGAUGCACUGUGCUGGUUCUCGUGAAUAGUGUUUCGAGUGUACGAUGUCCCUGCAGCUAUUGAACGGCGUUGAUUGAACGGCGUGGAACUGUGGCUUGGCUUCUGAACUGCGCAGCAAGAAACAGGUGCGACAGACACAGCUGCAACAGUGUGGUGUUUCGAUUGCUGAAACGUUCUGCGACGUCAAGACGACGGUGGUGGUCCAGAAAUGUGUGUGCAGAGCAGGUACUCUGUGAAGACAUACUUCUAGUGGACUGUACCUCUGCUUUUAAGCCAGGAACGUAGCUCGCGUUUUGCGCGUCUUGUUGCAGAUAUGCGAAAACGACAUUGAAACGCCUGUGUGAUUCCCCUGGGUUCGCUCUCCAGAUCAAACGCAGUGCAAGGAACAUCUGAGGCGCAUUCUCGACAAAAGUCAGUCCUAGCAAAAGCGUACCGUGUAGCUCAAGAGCAUCCCUAUCAAGCGAUAGGUCCUUGAAAGCUGAUCACCCAGGACACCAAGAGGCAGGCGAACCCUCUUGCGGACAAGGGAGCAGUGGCUCAAGACUGCAACGCAGGGCAGACCUCCAGGGCCCGGUAUGCGCUUCGACCAGACGGAUUCGACCAUGGCGUUCCACCCGUUCCUGCUGGCUUCUGGCGCGGGGACGUCCGGGCGGACCACGGACUUCAGCAUGCACUCAAUCUUGAGUCAGCCCUACCUGCCUCUGGGCCUACCGCCAGAGUGCUUCCCGGGACCACCGCCAUCUUUGUUCCACGGCGGCCCGUCAAUGCAGGGAGUCCCGACACCCCUGACUCCCGAGGACAUGUUCGCGGCCCACGCGUUCAGACCUCCCAUGAGGCCCCUGGAGCCAGAGGAUGACGGUGUUCAGGACGACCCGAAGGUGACAUUGGAAGGAAGGGAUCUCUGGGAACAGUUCUACGCGUGUGGUACUGAAAUGGUGGUCACCAAAUCCGGAAGGCGCGUGUUUCCACCGUACAAAGUGCGCGUGUCGGGUCUGGAUAAGAAGGCCAAGUACAUCAUGCUGAUGGACAUCGUAGCGGCGGACGACUGUCGUUACAAGUUCCAGAACCGUCGGUGGGUGGUGGCAGGCAAGGCUGAUCCGGAGAUGCCCAAGCGAAUGUACAUCCACCCAGACUCCCCUUCGACGGGAGAACAGUGGAUGCAGAAAGUGGUCUCUUUCCACAAGCUCAAGCUCACUAACAAUAUCUCCGACAAGCACGGAUUCGUAAGUGCUGCUUGUACGAUCCUGAACUCGAUGCACAAGUACCAGCCCAGGUUCCAUCUCGUGCGAGCCAACGACAUCCUCAAGCUUCCUUACAGCACCUUCAGGACGUACGUCUUCAAAGAAACGGAAUUCAUCGCUGUCACUGCUUACCAGAACGAAAAGAUAACUCAGCUGAAGAUAGACAACAAUCCCUUCGCAAAGGGCUUCAGAGACACAGGUGCUGGAAGGAGAGACAAGAACACACCACAGCAUCCUCUGCGUAGAGAGACAGCCCUGGAAAAAAGAACCGGGGAAUCGUCGCAAGCGCUACCAGGGGACGCUAGCCGUUCGCAGGACGCCGACUCCAGCGACGACGACGAGCAACUCGACGUCGGAGGCGCUGACGACCUCAGGGUCAUCGCUAACGGAGACUCAGCAGCGGACCAUGAAGCAUCCCUGGAUAAACCGGACCCAGCCCUGAACUCAAGCAACGGCUCUGCGCGCAGUUCACCUCCCGCUUCCCAGUCAGAAGGCCAACUCGCUAUACGAUCUUCGCCCAGUCAGCCAUUCCACCCUGGGUCAUUAUUCCCUUACUUCUACCCACCUCCGUUCUACCCAGCGGGCAUGGGCUUCCCGUCUCUGUUUUUCCCCGGCACCUCCGGGAUGAACCCAGCCGGCCUGUCCACGAACAUUCCGUUGCUUAUGGCUGCGAGCCAACAUCUUUUCGGCGGCUACACGGGGACGCUUCCGCACGGGGCCGCAUCUACGUCGCGAUUUCUCAAGCAAAACCAUAGAUUCACGCCGUACGCGCUGCCUUCGCCUUCUUCAGCGCCGUCGGGAAGCGGACAGCUCAUCGCUCCGACGCCAACCUAUCCGGACGCCCUCGUGGACAGUAGGGCGCUCUUUUCCGGAGGUCAUCUGGACAAGUGUCUCAGCUCACCGUCGUCUGAGGCGGGGAACAGUUCGGACAACUCGGCGGCGUCGGCGUCUAGUGAACUUAAGAACAUGGAAAAUAUGGUGAACGGUCUAGAAAGGCGACAGGAACAGCUGGCGAUGCUGUCGCUAUCGCGGUUAAGCGAUAAGUAGUACUUGGCAGUUAGAGCUGUGGGGUGCCACCACAGUGACUUUUGUGCAUAGAAGUGUGAAUAGACAAUGUGUGACCACGUGUGCCUUCUGCAGCGGCAGCAACGUCUUCUGUGUGCACCUGUGGCAGAUGAGUGCAAGAUCGGGGCCUCCUUGAAGACUGUGCCACGGACGCUGUACAAAAGCAGACUCUCAGCAGAUGUUCACCGCGAGAGUGUUAGAGAAGAAAUUGUCGCGUGUAAAUAAGUGUAAGGAACUUUGCGUGUUGUCGUAUAUUUAUAGACUUUCGAAUACAACUGGUGAGCUACAAGCUACUCGAACGAAUAUGGUAUACCAAAGCAAAGAGGUAGAAAAUACAUUUUCCCAUUAAUGCUCAGGUGUGUGUUCAUUACGACAAGGUAGAUUUCCGCCUGGUAUCACUGCCAUGUGCUCCGCGAGGUUCUCCACUGGAAAACCUCCCCAGCAUGCCGCAGUAAAGCGAGGACGUCUACCCCAGUAUUUGCGGGAUGCUUCCCAAGAAUGCAAGGCAAAGAGCAAGAUUUGUGAACGUGGAAAACUCCGGGCUCUUUCGAAUAAUACGACAUGCAGAUUAAUGCGGGGGAAUGCAGUAGUUAGUCUGUGUAUAAUCUCUGUGGUUUCUGCGAAUAUUUUGCGAAACUUUGCGAAACGAAACUUCUCUAAAAUUGUAAAAACGCUGUUCGAAACGUCGUGCACAGUGUGGUU